AUGGGGUCCCCCAGGAUUGAGGCUGUGGUCAAGGAGCGGCACCAGAUGGCCGAGUGCCCGGUGUGGGAGGAAGAGACCGGCCAGCUCAUGUACGUGGACAUCAGCACCACGCUUGACCUGACAGGACCAGGGCUGUGGGAGCAUGGCCAGAGCACAGGCACCACGCUUGACCUGACAGGACCAGGGCUGUGGGAGCAUAGCCAGGGCACAGAGCCCACAGAGCCAGGAGUGUGGGAGCCUGGCCAGGGCGCCCUGUACACGCUCUAUGCAGAUGGCUCGUCUCUGGACCACCGCACUUUCUACCACGUGGACAGCCUGGACUAUGCUGUGAGGGCCUACGACUAUGACAUGCAGACUGGAGCCAUCGGGACUGUGCUUAAAACGGUGGACAUGCCUGUGUCCAGGAUCACCUCCUGCUGCUUUGGGGGACCUCACUACUCGGACCUGUAUGUGACCUCAGCAUCUGAUGGCCUGAGUGCUGACCAGCUCUCCCAGGAACCCCAGGCUGGAUGCAUCUUCAAGACAUGGAGCUGGCAGGAGAGCAAGUGGGAACUGAGAGGGAUCCCCUGGUCUCCAGAGAGCAAUGCCAACUGGAUGUCACGGCUGUGCCCUCGCCUCUGGGAUGUGCCCCUGCACCACCUGUCCAUCCCAGGUAGCCACGACACAAUGACCUACUGUCUCAACAAGACCCCCAUCACUGGUGACCAGCCCAAGACCCUGCAGGUCCUCAGCAAGCUGCUGCCCUGCAUCAUUCGGCCCGUGGUCCUCAAGUGGUCAGUGACUCAGGCACUGAACAUCACGGAACAGCUAGACGCGGGCGUCCGGUACCUGGACCUGCGAAUGGCCCACAUGGAGGGCGGUCCUGAGAAAAAUCUGCACUUUGUCCACAUGGUCUACACCACCGCGCUGGUGGAGGACAUGCUGACUGAGAUCUCCGAGUGGCUGGAGACCCACCCCCGCGAGGUGGUCAUCCUGGCCUGCAGGAACUUUGAGGGCAUGACGGACAACCUGCACGAGUACCUGGCCACCUGCAUCAGGAACAUCUUCGGGGACAUGCUGUGUCCUCGCGGGGACGUGCCGACGCUGAGGCAGCUGUGAACCAGGUGCCAGCAGGUGGUCGUGUCCUAUGAGGACGAGGGCUCCCUGAGGUGGCACCCGGAGCUGUGGCCGGCCAUCCCCUACUGGUGGGGGGACAAGGUGAAGACGAAGGACCUCAUCCAAUACCUAGAGUCCAUGAAGAGCGCCGCCGCCCGGGUAAAUGGACUGUUUGUGGCCGGCAUCAACCUGACUGAGAACCUGGGCUACGUGCUGGCCCACCCGGCCGAGUCCCUCAAGACCAUGACCCUGCCCAGCCUCCCGCAGCUGACCGCCUGGGUGCGUAACCAGUGCCCGGGGCCCGGCGUCCACUGCACCAACAUCAUCGCCGGCGACUUCGUCGGGGCGGGCGGCUUCAUCGGAGAGGUCAUCCGGCUCAAUGACAAGCUGCUCGUGGGCUGA